AUGUCUAACUUAUUGAAGCUGGCCCGUAUUUUGCCUGCCAAUGCGGCUACUCGUGUUGUCAGUCGUCAAAUGGCUCCCUCCAUGAUGAGUGUCACUGCCAAAAGAUUUGCCAGCAACUACCACCAACAUCAACACCAACAACAACAACAAGAUGACAUUCUUCAGUACAGAGAAAAGCCCGAAUCAUUAUCUUACUUUACUGGCAACUUCAAGUACAACGAUCUCUUGAUUGAACUCGAUGCACUUUACAAAAAGUUCGAGGGUUGGAAGCCUACAGAUCAUAUUGAAGCCAAUGUGCCAUCUGACCUUGUUCAAAUCACGGAUGACAAGGCUUAUUCCUGGAAGUUGCGUGACAAAAUGUCAGAAUUGCUCAGUAUCCCUCUCACUACUUCGCAAUGGAGAAAAAUCACAGCUCAUCUCAGCACUCUUGCUUCUCUUCCCAAGCCAUUACCUCCAUCUGUAGAGAAGAUUUUAGAGCCCUAUCAAAGAUUCGAUGCCGCUCAUCAAAACAGUGGUGAAGUCAAGUCUCGCACCUUGGAUGAAAUGGGCCGUGCUUAUGCUGUGGGUCGCAGAAAGGAGUCCAGUGCUAGAUGCUAUCUUGUUGAAGGCGAGGGUAAGGUGCUUGUCAAUGGCUUAGAGCUGGAGCAAUACUUUCAAAGAUCUGUCGACAGAAAUGAAGUGACUUUACCAUUGGAUGUGACAGAACUGAAAGAUAAAUUCAAUGCUUGGAUCGUUGUGAAGGGUGGUGGAAGCACAGGUCAAGCACAAGCUAUCAAACUGGGUCUCGGUAAGGCCUUGUUGAUCCAUAACGGUGAAUUAAAGCCUGCUUUGCGUAAAGCUGGUUGUAUUACUCGUGAUCCCAGAGUUGUUGAACGUAAGAAGGAAGGUCAAAGAAAGGCUCGUGCAAAGUAUACCUGGGUCAAGCGUUAA